AUGCAGAUGAAUGAUUCGGUUUCGUUGCCUUUAUUUUUUCAUAUAGAUUCACUAUGUGGUGAUAAUCCAGAUAAAAAAAAACUUCAAACUGAAUCUUCUACAGAUGUUUGUGAAAAAAAACGAUCAGAAAAUAAGAAUCAUGGAGGAGCAAAAACUGGUAUGAAAAAUGGUGAUAGUGUUGUAGGUGGAAAAAUGAAUGUUACUACAACUGAAUUAGUACAAGAGCUUGGAGAAGAUUCUCGAAAUACUGAUGAAGAUGAUGUUCUAGAAGAGUAUCUCGACGGAACAAACGGUGGGUUAUAUUUACUUUAUAACAAACGUUAUGAAGUUCAAGAAUGUGUUGCUAAUGUGCUCAGUUACGCACGUGAUCAUGGCGUAUUAAUGUCUGGAGUACAAUUAAAAACCUUAUUAGACAUUCAAAAUGUCGAAAUAACAAAGGAGAGAGCCAAUGGUAUUGUCCAGUUAAUUUCAACAUGUGUUGAUGUAGUAACAAAUCCACAUUAUGUUGCACCAACUUCUAAACGCCCGAUUUUUGAAUACUAUGGUGCAAAUUUUAAAUUGAGUGAGAUAUAUCCCACAAAAUCAAUUCCAAUUCCAAAUGAAAUCUUAAUCAAUUAUAAAAAAUCUGUUGAAAUAACACAUGGAGAUACAGGACAUGGUGAUAAUGAAGAUAUUCAUGAGUUAGUUGAAGUUAAUGUUAUGAAAUUUCAUGGAGGGAUUGAUAUGCAUUCAAUCGAUUAUAAAAACAAAGGAAAUAAAGAAAUUGAACAAUUAAACAAAAAUAAUUCUGAUAAUAAUGGUACUAAUAUCAAUGUAAAUGUUGCUACGAAAAAUAAUGUUGAAACUUGUACGGAUGCAGCUAAUGAAGAAAUUGUUAAUAAUGAUAUGUCAUCGUUUGAUUGUUUGAAUGAAGUUACUGAUGGCAAAAGUGAUGAAAUUUUUUAUACAGAUGUUGGUAGUAGUUCAACACCAAUUAAACAACUAGAUAAAAGUUUUGUGAGCACACCGGCUCCACAAUCUUCUCCAUGUGCUGGUGAAACCUUUUCAUCUAUUACAAUCGAUACAAGUGGUCAAAUAUCAUCACAGCAUACUGCAUCUUCUAUUGAUUUACCAGAAGUAAUGAAAAAUCAUGAAGUAGUAAAAACUUCAUCAAUAUCAACAUCUUCAAAUAUCAAUACUUCUACAAAUAAUCCAAUAUUGUCAAUUAAUAUUGAAGAUUCUCCAAUUCAUUCAACUACACUUGAAAUUAUUUAUGAAAACUCAUCUCCAGUAGAAAAAUCGAUAUUACCACAGUUACAACAAAAAGAAGUUAUAGUUGAACAACUUGCUGCUGAUACAAUAACAUCAAAAGGUAACAACAGAAAAUCUUUUGGUUUUCGUCCAACAACAAAACAAAAAAGAAAACAAUUAACUGUUGCUAAACCAUCUAAACGAAAGCGAGUUGAUGCUUCUAUUCAUGCAGAAUCAUCAGAUACUACAAAUAAAAAGAAGAAAUUGAGUAGUCCUGAAGAGUGGGCGGCGAAAUAUCAAGCAUUAACAAAGUCCUUUGGGAAAAUAAAAAAAAAAUCCAACGCAACAAUUCGUAUCACCAAUUCUUCAAAUGAUAAUAAUAAACUUGAUGAUUAA